UUUACCUUGGCUUUGUGACCAGGCUUUCAAAAUGGCGGACAAAAAUAGGAAGUGACCUGCACUUUACGAAGCUACAAAUUAAAGUCUCUUACGAUGGCUAACGAUAAACCAGCGGUUCCUGUGAAGAGAACUGUGAUUGUGUUGGAUCACAGUUCUAAAUUUCUGACGUUGUCCAAGCAGCAUAUUGACUUUGAUGGUGGUGGGAAAAAAAGCAAGAACAAAGGUUCCAACUCGAUGUCUUCUCCUGUUUUCAAGAGCUCUUGGACAUGCAGUAUUGAAGCGGCAGUCGAGUACUGUAGAAUUGUGUAUGAUAUAUUCCCCAAUGAGUAUCUUGUCAAGGUAGUUGUUUCUGAUGAUAAUGCUCACGUGAUGAACUCUUGGUCUCAUGAACAGCAGUGUGUUCCACAGCUAUUAAAGUCUUUUGCUGGCCUUGGACCCCCUGAGGAAGACAAUGGAGAAAACUGUUCUUUGAUAUAUGGAUUGAUAUCAGCUGUUCAAAGUCUCUAUGAGCCACUACCUCAAAACUCCAAGACAAAUCAAGCAAAUUCUGCUGAUGAUACGGGAAGGAUCAUCUGCAUUACAAACUUGAAAAAUGAAGGCCAUGUUCAGGCUCUUAUAGCAUGUGCUACUGAUACGCUACAAAAACAGAACAGUGGAAUAGGUUCAAGUGACAGUGUCGAGCCUAUCAAGAAUGCAGACCUCAUUUUAAUUCAUGUCCCUUUGAGUGGAGACAGCGGAAAAUUUACAGAAAAAGCACCAAAGGGAUCAUCAUUGUUAUCAAUUACCGUCAGCUCUCACAAAGCAUCUCAGCUGGUUGGUAAGCUCAGCAUCAUGGCACAGAAGCACUUUCAUCUGAAGUCUACGACAGUCACAGGGAUACCAAUGAAAGAAGAGCAGCACUCUGGAAGCUCAGCCAACUAUGAUGUGGAAAUCCUCCAUUCUUCACAAGUGCAUAUGGAACAGGCUGUCGCAAAUGUGUUUUGUGGUGAUGAAACUGUACCAGGGAAAAAGGACAGCCCUGGAACAUCUAAAGACACUGUUCAUCUGAAGUGGUGCACACCCAAGACAACAUCUGCACCAGAGCUUCAAGCUUGCAUCGGUUGUUAUAGGAUCACUCCAGUAGAGGUCAACAGUAGACCCACUGCAUGCCUUAUUUCUUUCCUGUUACAAGGUCGACAAGUUAUGUUAGAACAGCCAAAGAAGUCUGGUGGAAAACUAGUGUCACAUAUUUUGGCCAGUCAUGGAGGUGAUAUUUUUAUACAUUGCUUAGCGACCUACCGCACCCCAAUGGAAGAUCCUCCGUCCAUAAGCGAAGGAUGUGGUGGCCGAGUAACAGACUACAGAAUCAAUGACUUUGGCGAAUUCAUGAAGGCAAACAGACUUGCCCCUUGUUCAUGGAAUAAAAAGAAAGGAAAGUCACCCUUAGAUAAAGGACUGGCAAGACUGGAGCGCAGUACAAGAUACUGGCCCAUGGUGAUCGGUGAAACACUGCUGUGUAACAUGAUGCAGCUCUUAGAACCUCUCCCAACUGUCAUGGCGAAGGAGACCGUUACAGAAAAUGAUGUACUCGAAUGUAAAAGAGUUUUCUACAGAGUGCAAGCCAUGGAGAGUAGGAACGAUCCGCUUCCAGUAUCUAUGACUGGAAUCAGAGGAAAAGGACCAAAAAGAGAGGAACAGUAUCGACAGAUUUGGGCUGAAUUGGAGACUUACCUAGAAGCUGCCAGUAGAACAUCCAAGAUGCACGAAAAGGUGUUGGAAUGCCUGCGUGGCACUAGUCCUUCCAGUAGUACCACAGACAGUCCAAGGAGAGAGACACCCACAGAUGAAAUUGAAAAAAAUAAUAUUUCCAAACUUUCAGAAGUUUCGCUCUCCUGGCAGGAGCUUGACAGAUACCAAAGUAUGACGGAGCGAGAGAAGACCGAUUUUAAUCGCGGAGAUACAAACAAUGAACACUUCUUCAAAAGAAGUAUGGCGUCAGCGGUGGCGGAGCAGGCGCAGAAGAGAUUGCGUACCGAUAAUCAACAUGGAAUGACUAAACAGACGGGAAGAGGCACAAGAAAUUCUCUUCUCUCGAUGUGGAACAGUAAAAUGAACGCAAUAGCAGCCUCGCGACACGAAGAAUUUGCUGGUAGGCUUCAGUCGACAGGGAACAAAGCCGAACUUUACUCCAAUCCUAUGGAUUCCGGAAGUAACAGCAGUGGCAGAGGCACGCCCGUGGAAGAAUGGCUGUAGAUUGAGACGUCUUAGUGCACCACAUGAGGCGUGAGUUGAUACGGUUAGAAAGACUUAUCUGCAUGCAGUUUUCCUCACGCUUGAAAGAAUAGAACCGUACCUCGAGGAGUGGUCCCGUGAGCCUAAUGUUACCAGACAACGAAUCUCACCACGGCCGCUGACCGAGUGGAGCCCCGAGCGUUUGAAGAACUUUUUGAAAUCCAAUAUGGCCAAAGGCUUUCAAUGAACUUUUAACAGGCAAAUGGAAGUUUAAAGUUAAUAUCGACGCCGUAGACGUAGUUGCCUUCUCUGUUGUGGUGAAAAAAUAGGUUGCAAGGUGCACCUAGAAUUUCGUCAUCGGUUUCAUGCAAAUAGAAUCUCAGAUAUCAAACUUUUGUAAGUGUUUGUUACUUUUCUAAGUUGAAUUUCAGUGAAGGUCUGACCGCCUCGGCAUUGAUACAUUCCCUACUUGUUUUGUAAGAGCAAAUAACCUUGAAGUGUUUGCCAGCUUGUUGGCUGAUGUUUGGGAGCGCCGGAUAUGUCAAAGACUUCUGCGAGCGAGAAGGCCAUUCCUCAGCUAUGACUACUACAGGGCCAUCUUUCCCGUGUUCGUGCUCGAACCGAACUAAAUGCAUACAUCUGUAACUCUGUAUUGGUGUAGCUUUCCCAUGAAGAAUUGCAGACUUUAUGCGAGAAUCCCGCCAUGACUUUUUUUCUCUCCACGUUGAGGAUUUCCUAUCCGCGAGAUCUUUGCAGGAAGUCUGACGUUUCUGCGACAUUAGGUCUCUUUAAAACAAAUUCUCUGUAGAAAUAGCGUUAAUUAUUAUUUCUUUAGCUGGGAGAAUUCUGUGAGAACACUGAAACUCGUCAAUGAACUUUACAAAUUAAUUUAAGGCAGCCAGUGAAUCUACAGGUUUUUUAGCUUUUCGCAUCGGACGAAAGCCUAGACAGCGCAGUAUUGUUUAUCACUGUGAAUUUUGAUAAGAUCUACUGAAGAAGCAACCUUUACCUUCGCUUUUCAUAAUAGUUUCCUUGGAAACAAGCCCUGGAAGACUUCGGUUGCCACGUGAUUUGACAGCAGUCCGGCAGGUGGCGAAUCCUAUUUAAAUUCAAACUCAAAUUUGUCUAUUUGCGUAGGUGGUUGGAUUUGUAAUUUGCAUGCUCAUCAAAGAUUCCUCUGUUUACAGAAUCAUUGUUUAAAUUAAACGGAGAAAGAAUUCUUUAAUGAGCGAUCACUUGAGCAGCCGUACCCUGAGCUUAAGCCAUAACAAGAAAUUUAGGUUUAUCUUUCUGUUUUGUCAUCUGAACAAAAAAUUUCCGAUCACUUUUUCACUCGGAAAAGAUAUUCUGAUCAGAUAGGUUUUGGUCUGGGUGACGCUAAAUUGUCCUACUUUUUUCCGAAGAAGAAAGGGUAGUUUGAUUAAAUCGAUAUUUUAAACUGUCUCUUGGCUGAUCGAAUUUUUUUAACGGAUAUUAUGAGGGAUUUCACGGCCGCCGGAGGCGAGACAAACUCCUCUGUGAUACGAUAAUUUCCUCGAUGAAGAUGAGUUUAGCUGUGGCUUUUACUCGGUACUUUGAAUUCGUAGUGCAAUCAUUCUCGUGUUUGACUAUAACUAUGACAAUACUGAAUCUUUAUUGGCUUGGUUUCAUUUCCCUAUGUUUCUGAGAGCCGUAUUGUCUAAUACAAAGUCGAAAACUGUAUUACUUUGGUUGUGUCUUGUUGUUAAGGCAACGAACCCGAAUUUAAUCUGCGCCUUGUAGAACGGUUUUUAAAAUUUCAUUGUUCUAGUAAAAGUAUCCUGUUAAGUA